AUGCGCGCUGCCUCUCUCCGCGCCCCGGCGCAGCCAUGUUCCGCGGCGGCGGCGCCGCUCGCCUCAGCCAUGUUCGGAGGGCAGCGGGGCCUGCCGCGCCAGGGAGGCGGCGGAGAGCAGCCAGGCGGGCUGCGCAGCCUCGUCCUCUUCGGUACCCGCUUGUCGUCCUCUACCAAAGAUCUUCUCCUGGGCCCCGCGGGCAGGCGGCCUCAGUGGAGGAGCCUCCUUGUAGAGCCUCCUUUGGUCUUUGCUGGCAGCGGAUUCUUGGUUUCUAGUUCUGUGCAACCACACUGCUGGCGUCAAGAACAGGAAUGUAGGAGCUGGAAUGAUUCAGAUUCUUUGGUGUUGGAUGAAUAUCAAUGUAGACAUUUAGACCAGUGGUUGGAGAGCUCUACAACACCAGAACAUUCAAGGACUUUCUCUUGUCCUGACUGGGAAGACGGAAUUGAAGAAGGCAAAGCUGUGAAAACAUCAAAUAAAAAAGUGACAAAUGAUUCUGCUAAUCCAGCUGAAAGGGAAACAGAUGAAGUGGUUCUGAGGAGAAGACAAAAACAGAUCAAUUUUGGAAAGAAUACUCUUGCUUACGACAGAUACAUUAAAGAAGUUCCAAAGAAUCAGCGGAUACCAGGAGUUCAUCCUAGAACUCCCAACAAAUUUAAGAAGUACAGCCGUAGGUCCUGGGACCAGCAAAUCAGGCUGUGGAAGAUAGCACUGCAUGCCUGGGAUCCUCCUACUGAAGAAACCUGGGAUCUCCAGCCUGUUAGUACAGAACCCUCAGGUAAUUCCCAGGAAUGGUUCUGCAAGGAUCAGGAUAUUUCUGGCUCCUUUGUUUUUGAUGAAAAGCAGAAGAAAAAUGAGUGUGAAGAUGAGUGCAGACAGACUGACUACACACCAGGGAGUCCCUGUUCUCCAGGUUCUUCUCCUGUAUGGAAACGCAGAAAAAGAAACAAUUCUGACUCCUCCGUGAUUUCAAAGAGCAAAAACCAUUAUGUGCAGAUGUACCACACACUGGGAAGUCUUACUGAAUCAGGAGAUCAGGAGGCUCUUUCAAAGUGCUCAGAGUGGGAAGCUUUUGGUGAACACGAUGAAGUAAUGACAGUACAACAUGGUAUUGAAAUAAGAGAUUAAGUUGUUUUGUAGCUGACCACAAUGACAGUUAUUUGUCUUCAUGCAGUGACCCAAUUCCAGCCAGCUGUUCUUCAGG